ACACUUUCGAUUUUACAUAUUGUGUUCUUCAAUUGUUUGAUUUAUAUAUUUAUUAAUUAAUCUCAUGGUUAAUUUGAUGCUUAUAAAAGCCAAAGAACAGGCACCCACGAUCUAUGAAUAAUCCUAGGGCUAACCGUGUACAAAUAUAUUCGUUACCUUUGGCUCUUAACUCUAAUUAAGAUAUUCAAAUUAACCCUCUCUUUUUCAGUGCCAAAACCUCACAGGGCAUCGGCAACAAUGGAAGCUGGACGAAAUACAACAUGCCAUCGGUGCAACAAAAGAUUAGUAGUGAAGGCAAGAAACAAAAGUUUGGGAAUUAACUGUCCGUCGUGCAGAAACGUUAUUCCAAUACCGAACGGGGAGCUGCAGACAAGCAGGCACCAAGGAUUUCGCGGCGGAAUGAGAAGCCUUGGCAGGCAUUUGAAAAGUAAGCUUCAUCAAGGAGCCGUAGCUCCUUCCUUAAAUGAGCCCUCUGGUCCUAACCCGACAAGAUCCAGCAAGCGUGCAGUGCUUUGUGGAAUCACUUACAAUCAAUGGAAGUACAAGCUUAAAGGAACUAUUAACGACGUGAAAAACAUGAGAGAAUUGUUGACUACUAGAUUUGGUUACCCCAGAGAAUGCAUUCGUGUUCUUACCGAAGAGGAGACAGACCAACGCUACAUUCCAACAAGGCAAAACAUCGAGGAUUCCUUGAGAUGGCUGGUGAAUGACUGCCGGUCAGGAGAUUCACUGGUGUUCUUCUACUCUGGACAUGGCUUACGACAAAUUGAUGUCAACAACGAUGAGGCAGAUGGGUUCGACGAAACCAUCUGUCCAGUUGAUUUUCUGAAAGCGGGCAUGAUCCUCGACAAUGAUCUCAAUUCCCUUAUCGUUCGGCCGCUCAAGCACGGUGUCACGCUUCACGCCAUUGUUGAUGCUUGUCAUAGCGGAACGAUUUUAGAUCUUCCAAAUGUUUACUGCAGUUCAGAGAAUAAAUGGAAAGAUGACAGUCCUCCAUCGGGUGCAAACAAACGUACAGAUGGCGGAUUAGCUAUCUCUAUCAGUGCUUGUCUAGAUAACCAAGCCGCCGCAGAUACCUCUGCCUUUAAUGGGAAGAUGAAUGGUGCUCUGACCUACCUUCUGGCGGAGGUUCUGAAGACAUUUCCGGGCCCAACAUAUGGGGACCUAUUUGAUUUAAUCCAUGAGACCAUUGAUAACGUUAAUCAAGGAUGCCUUGUUAAUACAAGAAUCUUAAGGAGGCUCUUCGAUUACAGAUUAUCACAGACUUGUGGAACUGGAAGGGUGCCAAUAACAAGCGAGUCUACCCGCGGUGACAUCCAGAGCUGUAAGCAUACGUGCAGGAAGUAUGUAAGCAAAGCAAUAAGGAGUAAAUUUGAGUUUUCGCCACCCAAUUCAGAGCUAUGAAAUCUUUACACGAUAAACCUGGAGAAAAUAAAAGCUCAUUUGUGGGUGGCCAUCCAGAUGUGUGCCUAAGACAUUUAAUUUGACUUUGGAUUUUGUGUAAUAUCAAAUGCAUCGAAAAUAAUGAAUGUUGUAAUGUUGUUGGGACGAGAAUAAAAAGCUCUUUACUAUGGCAUGUG